AUGGCCUCUCCAUCGCCCUCGACUUCUUCCAUGUCCUCUCAGUCCCGCCCCGAAAAGAAGGCGUCUGUCCUUGUCCGUCUGGCAACUGCAGAGGACGAGGCACAGAUCAGCCAGAUCCAUUCAGUCAUCAACCGCGCCUACAGAUCAGAGGGCGGAUGGACCACCGAGGCACAUUUGGUGAGCGAAGAGCGCAUCACGGUCGAUGAAUUGAAGGCGGCCUUGAUUGAUAAGGUCAAUCCGCUUUUGCUCGCCUUUGACAGCGAGACUGGGCAACCUUUGGGCACACUCCAGCUUGAGCCUGCAGAACACUAUCCCGAUUUCGGCGAGUACAAGAGGGAGGGCUUUGUGCCAACUUAUAUUGAAAGCCUGCCUAAAGACCAACAAAUUUUCUUGGGUCUCUUCUCCGUGGAUCCGUCUCAGCAGUCUCGGGGCAUUGGCCGCAAGCUGGUCGAGGCGGGAUUGCUUCACGCCAAAGAAAACAUGAAGCGUACGCAGUGUAUCGUCUAUGUGCUCUACAUGCGUGACGAGCUGAUCGGUUGGUACAAGAAGCUGGGUUUUGUGGACUAUGGCGAGAAGGUGCCUUUCCCCGACGUUAGCCGUCUUAAGCAUGAGGACACUCACUUUUCAGUCCUUCGUCUUGCUCUGUAA